UUAAUUGUCCAUUACAUUACAUCAAAGUGAUUUUGCGUGAAUGUGUUGGUGUACGAAUGGGCUUGUCAUAGUCCAUAGUCGUCGUCUUGGUGGUUCUGUGUGUUAUAGUUAUUUUAUCCUCCGGUUCGGUUUUAGAUUUUAAAAUCCUGUCGUCACAAAUAAAUAAAUCCAUCAGAAAGAAAAAACAAUCAGAGAUUUAGUUUUAUUUAAACGUCUAAAAGUAAAUUUAUAUAUUUAUCAAGAUGAGGAAACAAGGACAAGAUGUAAUGCAAGUUAAUUUAGCAGGGAUAAGACGUGAUAUACUAAACCUUGCUCACAAUUAUAGUCCUGCUCAGAAAUUAGUCAGAAAAGCAACAAGCAACGAUCCAUGGGGUCCUACAAGCACACUAAUGGCUGAAAUAGCCGACUUGACGUACAAUGUAGUUGCAUUUACAGAAAUAAUGCAGAUGCUGUGGAAGAGACUGAAUGAUCACGGCAAAAAUUGGCGGCAUGUUUAUAAAGCCCUCAUUGUUCUGGACUAUCUGAUAAAAACCGGCUCGGAGAAGGUGGCACAGCAGUGUAAAGAAAAUAUAUUUGCUAUUCAAACGCUUAAGGAUUUCCAGUACAUGGACGGUAUCAAGGAUCAGGGUAUUAAUGUAAGAGAAAAAGCUAAGCAGUUAGUGGCCUUACUGAAAGACGAUGAACGUUUGAGAAACGAACGUGCGAGGGCUUUAAAAGCUAAAGAGAGAUUUGCUCAAUCUGCCAGUGGCUUUGGGAGUGAUGGACUGGAGGCUAUGCCAUCAUUAGGAGAUCUUUGUUCACCAGACUGGGAGCCUUACCGAGGAAAAUCCGAGUCUAAACCCGAACUAGAAGCAGCUAGACCACAGACUGUCGGUGAGGAGGAGCUGCAGCUGCAGUUGGCACUCGCUAUGUCAAGAGAGGAAGCUGAGCAAGAGGAGCAAAGAAGGCGCAGUGACGACGUUAGGCUGCAAUUAGCUCUCAGUCAAAGUCAGCAAGAUUUCAAAGCACCACCAACUGAAAAGGCAAGCCACAUGCUCGACUUGCUUGAUGUAAAUCUCGGUGAAGCCAGCGGUGGCUCCCAACAAGUCGAUCCAUGGGGCGUUCCGAUAGUUCCACCUCCACCAAGACCUCAGUCCUUGGACUUAUCUCGUUAUUAUUAUCAUGAGACUCAUGUGGACCCAUGGAGCGCUCCGACAACAAGCAGUGCAGCUGCAGCAGCUCCACUGGACCCAUGGUCGCCUGCUCCACCUCAACCAACAGCCUCGGUGGAUCCAUGGCGGGCACCCGCACCUUCCCCGGCAACAGUAGCCUCACCAGCUCGCACUGCGACCACCGUCGAUCCCUGGUCUUUGGCGCCAACGACCACCGAAGCCUUGACAACACCGUCCACGACUUUUAAUAACUCAACAUCGCUUACACCCCCGAAUAUCGGGUUCAACGUUGCACCAUCAUCACAAAAUAUUGGAUUUAGUAAUAUUUCAUCACCAAGUGCUUCUGGAUUUAAUAAUAACAACAGCAACGGGUUCAGUAGUUCCGGUACUAGUUUUAAUAAUUUUAAUCACUCGCCGAAUCAAGGUAGCACGACGACCAGUCCUGGUGAUUUGGAUGAAUUUGAUAUUAUAAGUAAUCGUAAUAAAAUUAGAACGAGUCCGCAACCUGUCAAUAAUGGAGGUACAAUGUCACCUGAUCCUUUCAAUUUUGGUACACUGAAUGAUAAUUUACCAGUGAGUACUGGUGCUGUCAAAAAAACCCCUCAAUCAUUUCUUGGUGAAAACUCAGCGCUUGUUAAUCUUGACAAUCUUGUGAGCACAUCAACAAUCAAAUUAUCGGCCCCAGCAUCUACUGCAUUUCAAUGGAAGUAAUUUCCUUUCAUCAGCAUUCACGGCCAAUCCAUUUGCAACCGUAACACCACCGCCACGUCCUUCAAUUAAUCAGAUUCGGCAGGAUCCAUGGACAGCAAAUGGUUCCAAUUCUACGACGGCCAAUCCGUUCCUUUCGUAGCUGAAUAAUUAA